AUGGCCUCUUCUUCCCUCAAGGUCAUUACUGUGGUUGGUGCCACCGGCAAUCAGGGCUCAUCUGUGGCUCGAACAUUUCUCUCCCUCCCAGGCUGGCAUGUCCGCGCGGUCGCUCGCAAUCCGUCGUCACAAAAGGCUGAGGAACUGAGGGCGCUCGGAGCAGAGCUGGUUCGGGCCGACUUAUCUGAUAUUGCUUCGCUGGUCCAAGCGUUCGGCAAUUCCCACGCAAUAUUCCUCAACACGGAUUUCUGGGAAACCUAUCGCUCCGUUGGUACCGGCUCCGGACUGACCCCAUUAGCAUGCAGCCGCGCCGCAUACGAGAAAGAAGUCUUCUACGGCAAGAAUGCUGCUAUUGCUGCGGCCAGCGUCCCAACGCUGGAGAGACUCGUCUAUUCUUCCCUCGCGUCCAUCAAAGCAGCUUCGAAUGGAAAGUACACCAGGUCGUACCAUCCCGAGUCCAAGGCGGCCAUUGUGAGCUACAUCGAGGCCGAGGAACCUGCGCUCGCUAAGAAGAUGUCUAUCGUCAUCCCCGCCGGGUACAGCACGAACCCUAUGUUCAGUCCGACUCUGGAUCCGAAGAGUGGACAAUAUGUCGUUGUGACAGCAUUAAACCGCGGUUGCAAGAUGCCCAUCUUGGAUCCCUCAGAGGUGAUGGGACCUUUUGUCCGCGCGUUGAUUGAGGACGAAGAGCCCGGCACUAAGCUCCUUGCCUACAACAAAGACAGCUUCUUACCGUUCGAAGAGAUUGUGCAGGCCUGGACAGAGGUGACAGGGAAGGAGGUUCAAAUUAUUAGGAUGAAACCCGAGGAUUUGCACGAGCAGUUGAAUUUGCCCUGGGAGCUCCUCGAUGGUAUAAAUUUUGUGAACGACCAUGGUUACGAUUAUGUUCUGGCAAGGGAGGGAAUAAUUGCGCCGUGUCAGUUGAGCAACCCUCCCGAGACCAAGUCAUACAAAGCAUGGUUGAAAGGGAAGCCUAUGGAAGAGCUACUAUGCUGA